AUGCAAGCAAUUAAAUUCCACGAGUACCGACCCGGGAAUGAAGAUUUUAGCCACUACAUAGAUAGGCUAAAUUAUUGUUUUGUGGCAAAUGGAAUUUGCGACGAUAAUGUGAAACUUGCUAAUUUCUAUACAAUUUGUGGCUCUGAGGUGUUUGAAACGGUGCUAGCUUUGAUAAUACCAAGAAAAUCACAUGAAGUCAGUUUUAACUAUGUGGUUGAUUUAUUGACAAAACAUUAUACACCUAAAUCUAAUGAAAUCACCAUGUCCUACAAAUUUUACAACCGCAACCAAAGGGAAGGCGAAAAUGCGCUCGAUUACUUAACAGAAUUGAGGAAAAUAGCUGCACAUUGUAACUUUAGUAAUUUGGAACGAAAUCUUCGUGAUCGUUUAGUAUGUGGCAUGCAAGAUGAGAAAUUGAAAUUUGAGUUACUGAAACGAGACAACUUAACAUACAAGGAAGUGGUGGAUUGUCUAACAGCAGCAGAAACAGCACAUCGUGACGUCACAAUGAUGCGUGCAGUACAUCCAGUUCAACAUUUGAACCAAUGGAUAUUGGUGCCAUACGUGACAAAAAUACCACCAAUAAUAGAUACAGAUUCUGUUAUCGAUGUGGUGAUAAACAUAGUGGUACAUGUCGACAUGUGA